AUGGAGGUGACCUGCGAGGCGAUGGCUGUUGUGACCGCCACCUUGGCUAACGGCGGCAUCUGUCCGACGACCGGGGAACAAGUGCUGGACGGAACUUCCGUCCGCGACGCCCUUUCCAUCAUGCAUUCCUGCGGCAUGUACGACUACUCUGGCCAGUUUGCCUUCAGGGUUGGAUUGCCGGCGAAAAGUGGCGUAUCCGGAGCAAUUGCUGUUGUUGUUCCGAAUGUGAUGGGAUUUUGCACAUUUGCUCCUCCGUUGGACCAUUACGGGAAUUCCGUCAAGGGCGUUCAAUUUUGCAAGGAAGUGGUCAAAAUAUUCAACUUCCAUCGGUAUGACAACUUGAAGCAUGCAGAAAACAAGAAAGACCCCAGGCGACACAAAUACGAGGCUAAGGGCCUGGACGUGGUCGCCUUGCUAUUUUCGGCGGCUGCUGGCGACGUGGUGGCGAUGAGACGGUAUUACUUGAGUGGAAUGGACAUGGAACAGAGUGACUACGACGGUCGUACAGCCCUGCAUUUGGCAGCAUCCGAAGGACACUUGGAAUGCGUGGAAUUCUUGCUCAAGAGCUGCGGUUGUUCUCCGAAGGCAAAAGAUCGGUGA